AUGGAAGUCAAGACUGUCACCAACAGCCCGAUGGUGGCAGAGGCAGCCGCUCUACCAGAGAAGGUCGACGAGUCCGAUGGCAGCAUUCAUAUUGACCCAGAACUCGAGCGAAAGGUCUUGAAAAAAUUUGACAUGCUUGUGAUGCCGCAAUUCAUUAUCAUCAUCCUCCUGGCGUAUCUCGACAGAUCCAACAUUGGUAAUGCACGUGUGUUUGGCUUCGAGGAAGACCUUGGCCUCGUGGGCAACCAAUUCGCCAACAUUUCAAGCUUCUUCUACGUCACAUAUGUCAUCUUCGAAGUCCCGUGGGUUCUGGCUGUGAAGCACUUCGGCGCGAACUCGGUGGCAGCUAUUGCUAUCGUUCUCUGGUCUGCGAUCACGCUUGGGACUGGCUUCGUCAAGAACUAUGGACAGACCAUAGCUAUGCGAUUGCUCCUUGGCUUUGCUGAGGCCGGAAUAUUCCCUGCAUUGGUGUUUGUCAUCAGCACGAUCUAUCCAAGGGAGAGCCAAGCAAAGCGAGUUGCUGUUUUGUAUGGUGCAUCUGCGCUCAGUGGUGCUUUUGGUGGCUUGAUCGCAUACGGCAUACAGUUGAUGGGCGACCGGCACGGUCUAUCUGCCUGGCGCUGGCUUUUCAUCGUCGAAGGCAUCAUCUCAAUGGUUUUAGGUGCCGCUUGCUGGACUACCCUACCCAAGACCGCUGAGCAUGCAUGGUUCCUCAACGCUCAGGAAAGGCAACUUAUGGAGGACAAGCGCCGAAAGGACUUCGUCUAUAAAGGAGAAUCCAAGCUCUCGUGGGCCGACGUGAAGCUCGCAUUUGCUGAUCCAAUGGUCAUCAUGGCAGGCGUGUGCCUCUUCUGUGCCAGUAUACCCCUGUUCGGAUUCGGAAUUUUUUUGCCGACGAUUAUCGCUGGACUCGGUUUCAAGAGCAUUCAGGUCAAUUAUCUCACCAUACCAGUGUAUAUCUUCGGUUGUUUGUACCUCGCCCUAAUGACCUAUUUAUCCGACCGACUUCGCAAACGAGCAAUCUUCAUGAUGAGCGCCACAAGCAUAGUCGUCAUUGGCUACGCGAUUGUCAUCGGCAACAACAUCACCCCAGACUCCAAGCGCAGCGCGGCCAUCCCGUGGUUCACCUGCAUCGGGAACAUCAGCGGCGUUGCCGCUUCGCAGGUCUAUCCUACAUUCACUGCUCCGCGGUACAUCAUGGGUAAUGCAAUUAGUAUGGCUAUGGAGAUCUCAGCAAUUCUCGGGGCCGGUGUGAUCUGGUUCAUUUUGUAUAGGAGGACGCAGGAGAAGGAGCGGCUGAUCGCUGAGGGCGUGACGGAUAAUGGGAAGAAGGGAGAUAAGGCACUUCACUUCAAGUACAUCUACUAG